UAGGGUGCUCUGGAACGCUCUAGACUAGCUAGGUCUAGAACGCUCUAGCCAGGUCCAGAUCUUCUUGUGAUCGAAAUAUUGCAAGAGGUAAAAUGUUGAACCCCCCAAUGUGUCAUCGCAGCAAUCACACACUCCGAACGCCUCCGUGCUCAUUCCACUGUUUCGUGCCCACGAGAACACCGGCAACUCGAGCUCAAUACACGACGUUUCCACGAAGUGUCUUCCCAAAAUCCUAUCUUGAGAAUGUGGAUGCUUCCUCUGAGAAAUUUGCGGACGUAUAUGCGGAAGACUCGGAGUUGAGCCUUGGUGGGGAAUUCAAUAGAACGGCCAUCGUACAUUGCAGUAUUACACGAACAAAUUCAAAUUAUCAAAAGUCGCUGUUCCGAGUUGGCCACCCUCAGAUGUCCGAGUCGACGACUUGCUCCUUCCUGCCGAGCCUCGCAUCUGGCACUAGAGCAAUGGACCGAGUAAAAUCUUUCACACCACUACUCAACUGUCUCAGUGACGGCGAGAUUGAACGUGGUGAGAAGGAGAGGGAGAAAGAGCUCACCAAGCACAGGAAAUGGAAUACACGAGGAUGUCAAGGUAUUUAAAUUGGGUUUGCAGCUAU